AGCUGUUCUUUCACUCCAUUAAAUAUUCUUUAUUAGAAUAAAAUUCGUAGAUUUGUUUUAUGGUGAUUUCAUGUAGUAAGUCAUAAGUUCUUACUUUUACGCUUAGUUUUGUUGUGUUAUAAUAUAAUUUUAAUUUAUCAAACGAUGGCGCAUAUAAAUUUCUGGAUGUUCCUUGGUGUUAUGGCAAUUUGUAGAUUCGUAAGUGGAUACGAAAAGGAAAUGACAGUUUAUAUAGAAGCUGGCAGAAGAGAGUGCUUUUACCAUCCUGUACGAAAAGGGGAAACCAUCGAUAUAGAAUAUCAAGUGAUUGAUGGUGGACAUGGAGACUUAGAUAUAAGCUUUUCACUGCUGGAUCCUAUAGGAUUAGUAAUAGUUAGCGACUAUAAAAAACCGGAAAACAUACAUCGUCAUGACACAAACAAAGACGGAGAUUAUCGUUUCUGUUUUGAUAACGCAUUUAGUUCUUAUAACCGAAAAACUGUCUUCUUUGAGCUUAUCAUUGAACAAGAAGGACAAUCAGCUUUUGAUAAUGAUUGGGAUAAUGCCUCCACUUCCAAAACACCAGAGGAAUUGUAUGACAUUCAAGUUCAUGAAAUCUUAGAGUAUGUUGGACGCGUCCAUAUGCAAAUCGCGAAAGCUCACCAAAUUUUAAAUAUGUUACGAUCAACAGAGGCACGAGAUCGCAACCUGGCGGAGGCCAAUUACUCCAGAGUAAAUACUUGGUCACUAUUUCAAAUAUGUGCUAUGAUUUUCGUGGGACUUCUGCAGGUGUUUAUGGUGCGAAGUAUCUUUGAUACAAAUUCACGAAUGACCACCUUCUGGAAAAAAUUGGGGUUGUGAUGGACAAUCAAAUUCAUCCAGUCUACCAAGCGAACAAAACCAAAUAAUAUUUAUGCCUCUGAAUGGAAAUAUUCCGACAUUUAAACCAAAGAAAAAUAUUCCAAAUUUUAAGGAAUAACAUACAUAUCAAACAUAUGUAUGGAAAAUACUCAAUCAUCUGAAAAUUUGGAAUAUAAAACUCAGUGUAAGGCGAUCUCAAGAACAGCAAUUCAUAAAUGCAAUCAACCAUCACUUGGCGAAAUCUUGUCAUUAUGCAGUCUGCCAUAGUAAAAAUAAGAGUCAUAUUGUUAAGUAAUUUUGCUGUAUAAAUAAUUGUUGCCAUUUUAGUUUUAUGUCAGAAUAUAUUGAAUUCAAUUUUUAUUACUUCAA